CCUCUUCCAUAUAUAACAUCGACCUCUCUACUUCAUUACCCCCUCCUUCCAUUUACUACGAAUCUCUCCUACGAAAACCCAUCAAAGAAAGAGAAAAAAUAUUACCAAAAAUGGCUGACACCAUAGUAAGUUUUCUAUUGCAUAACUUGGCUCACUAUCUCACUCAAGAAGCAUAUUUGCUUCAUGGAGUUGAAGAUGAAGUGAAGUCGCUUCAAGAAGAGUUCACCAUGAUCGAUGCUUUCCUUAAAAAUUCUGAAGCUGAACAAAUUGAAUACUAUGAAGUCCAAGAGCUAGUCGACCAAAUCAGAGAAUUUUCUCAGGAAGCAGAGGUUGCUCUUGAUGCAUAUAUAGCUAACCAAAUAGAGCAAAGAAGAACAAAAUCUCUUACAAAGGUGUUGCAUGGAUAUGUCCAUGCAAACACACUUCGUCACGUGGCGAACAAGAUAAGAAGCCUGAAGAAGAUCAUCACUCAGAUUUACGAGAACAAAAAUAGAUAUGGCAUUCAACAAGCUGAAUCUAGUCCUGUUGAUUUGGAGGCAGAUCGAACACCUCACAGAAGAAGGUGGAAAAUUAACGUCGAUGAUGAAGAUGAUGUUGUUGGAUUUAUACAAGACAGGACAACAUUGAUAAAGCAUCUAACAGAAGGAGAUUCUGGACUUGGCGUCAUUUCAAUUUUCGGUAUGGGUGGCUUGGGAAAAACAACUCUUGCUUCGAAAAUCUACAACGAUGUUCGUGUCAAGAAUCAUUUUCAAUGCCAAGCAUGGGUUUAUGUUUCUCAAGAAUACAGAAGCAGAGACUUGUUGUUUGGUAUCUUAAGGUGUCUGAUGUCAAUAUCGAAGGAAAUGUAUAAAAUGUCAGAAGAAGAAUUGAAAAUGAAAUUGCGUUCGUUUCUUCGCGAAAAGAGGUAUUUUGUUGUUAUGGAUGAUUUAUGGACAACCAAUGUUUGGGAUGAGGUGAGUGAAUUUUUUCCUAAUUCUUACAACGGAAGUAGAAUAUUAAUCACUAGCCGUGUAAAAGAAGUUGCUUUGUCUUCUAGCAGCCAAACACCUCCUUAUUCUCUAUCAUAUCUUGACAACAAAACAAGUUUUGAACUCUUUUCCAAGAAAGUAUUUCAAGGAGAAAAUUGUCCACCACAUUUGGAAACUCUUGCAAUGAAAAUUGUAGAGAGUUGUAAAGGAUUGCCACUUUCUAUAGUUGUACUUGGAGGUCUCCUUGCAAAUAAAGAAAAAUCAUAUGAAACAUGGUCUAAAUUGAUUGGUAAUAUCAAUUUCAAUUAUUCUCAGAAAACAAGGUACUUGGACAUCUUGGCACUAAGUUACAACCACUUGCCUAGAAAGUUAAAAUCAUGUUUUCUGCAUCUUAGUUUGUUCCCAACAGAUUUUGAAAUCUGGGCAAGUGAUCUAAUCAAAUUAUGGGUUGCUGAAGGGAUUAUACAGGAAAUUGAUGAAAGGAAUGUGGAAGAUGUUGCAGAAGAAUACUUGGAAGAACUUAUAGAUCGAAGUUUGGUCCAAGUAGCAAGUAGAAGGACAGAUGGAGGUGUGAAGACAUGUUAUGUCCAUGAUCUAGUUCGAGACCUUUCCGUAUUCGAGAGUGCUAGGGAGAAUUUUCUUGAGAUCCAUUCAGAAGCUAACCCUUCAUCUAUAAGCAAAGCAAGAAGACUUUCAAUCCAAGGGAACACUUGCAAAAACAUUUUCAUAGACCCUCGUCAUCCAUCUCUUGCCCGUUCUUUGCUUCUUUUUGGCGAAGGAAAUGACUUUGACAAGAAGAAUUGGAAAUGGAUUUGCAAAAACUUGAAGUUCAUCCGGGUUUUGUACCUUGAAAAAGUGUUUGUAAAGUCAAUUCCUAAGAGCAUAGGAAAGCUGAUUUUUCUAAGGUACUUAAGGAUAUGGAGUGAAACACUCUUAAAAAUUCAAGCAAUUCCAGCUUCAAUAUGCAAUCUUCCGUACCUAGAAAUUAUGGACAUAAACGGUCAUGUAGAGGAGUGUUUGCCGAUGGGAAUUUGGAAGAUGAAACAAUUGAGAUAUCUAAAAUUUUCUGGCGGAAUUUCUUUCCCUGAAACUCCAAUAUCAAUGGAUGACGUUUUGAUGAACCUCCAAUUACUUUCUUACCUACUUGUUGAUGUGAAAACUUCAUAUCUCAUGGCUUUUUCUAGAGUUCCAAACAUGAGGAAGCUGCAUGUUAAGUACAAUUUUUUAAAGCCUAUGAACGAAUUUGAGGUAGCAGAACUAUUGCAAAGCUUGGAGAAUCUAAAACAGCUACAAAAAUUGAAACUUUUCGAUAUCCCAAAAUCUGAGCCUCGUCCAAAUUUGUUCCCACCAACACUCACCAAAAUAACCUUCCUGAGAUCCUACUUGAACUCAACCCACUUCAGAAUCCUUGGAAAACUUCCAAACCUCCAGUUCCUCAAGUUAAAAGGUAAGUUUUUCGGUUUCAAUAUGCUUCACCCUCUCUGUUGUGUUGCAGGGGAGUUUCCUAGUCUCCAAGUCUUCCAAAUGAUCGAUUUGGAAAUUGAAAGGUGGGAAAUAGAAAGCGGAUCAAUGCCGACUCUUGAGCGUUUGGUCAUUUUUGAGUGCUAUAAAUUAAGAAAUCUGUCAGAAGUGCUCUGGUCCUUGCCUGCAUUGAGACUUGUGGAGGUGUCAAGGAUGUCAGAAAGCUUUAUGAAGAUGAUCAAGGAAUUGAAAAUGAAGAAUGAAUGUAAGCUCCUAAUUGACUCUAACCCACAAAAUAUAUGAUCAAUGUGAAUCAGAAUUUCCUGUUCAAAAGUGUUAUAGCUUGGUUAGACCAAGUACUCAACUGUGCACUUAGUUGAAAUUUCCUCUGUUUUUUUUUUUUCCUUUGAAGUUGUUGUUGUAAGUCGUAAAAUAUAUUUGACUUUGUUAUAAGUUGUAAUUUGCGAGAACAUAAGAACUUUAUACAUUGUAUACUGUGUAAUGCGCUAUGUUUUAAUUUGCAUUGUUUUGUUUCAAGCUGUGCUUAUAGAAAUU